GUGCUGCACAAUGGACCUCGCUCCCGACUUCCAUGUCCUCUCCUCGACCCGCUAUGAUCCUUCCCUCCUCAGCCUCCCCUGGAAUACCGCCGCUAACGACGGGGAGCCCUCGCCGUUUCUGCUACUAAGGUCUCACUCGGAUCGCCUCAACUACGCGGCUCAGGUGCAUGGUUGGAUAGUCUCUCUAGCCUACAGUGACUUGGUCAGCGCGUGCGAGGAUGCAGUACGAAAGGCUCUCAGUGAAUCCUCUCAUGGAAACCUGUCGCUCAAGCUUAGGAUUUUGCUCAGCCGCAAUGGCACUGUCACAGCUUCGGCCGCUCCGGCAGGUCGUCCACUUCCCAAUGGGGAUCCGAGCUUGCUAUCAGCUUUCAAGUCCUUCCCAGAACACUUUCUGUCCUCACCCACGUAUAGCAAAUUGCUUCAGCCCCCGUUUUUGAGUGUCAUCCUUGACACCGCGCCCACCUCGCCAUCUCUUUUCACGCACACGAAGACCACCCACCGGCCCAUGUACAACGCUGCUCGUGAUCGUGCAGGCCUUCCGCCGCUACCAACAGACGUCUAUGCGGACGUUUUGUUGUAUACUCCGACUGGUGAGAUAAUGGAGACCUCCAUACGGAACAUCGCAUUUCUUCGCCGGUCCCCGCCUCAGUGGAUCACCCCGCGAGCGGAGGUCGGUUGUCUGCCUGGAGUCAUGCGAAGAUGGUUGCUUGACCAAGGCAAGAUUGUGGAGGCAGCGGAGAGUGAACUCAGGCAUGACGGCAUCGUAAAUGGAGAAUUUGUCAUGACGUUCAACGGUGUGGAAGGUUGUCGGUUUGGGAGGAUCAGUCACUCUAUGGCUGCUUCAGCAGCGAUGGAUGCGAGUGAAGUUGGGCCGCAUAGGUGAGUAGUAGGUGCGUCCAUUCAAUCGCUAAACACGAUUUCUCAUGCUGCUCAUGCUUCAGUCAGAGUCCAUCUCGCCCUCGGAUGUUAUUUCAGCUCGAGUACACUCGCUAGGCUCAGCAGAUGUCGGUUCGGGAAGCUGUGCUGUGUACUGCGGUACCCAAUCGACAUACGACUCGCGGCCGCACUCACGAGAGGAUACGUUAUUGCUUAUCUGUUGUAUGUUGCGUGAAUAGAGUGUAGCGCGAUGACUGUACCUUUAGCCCGAAUUUAUGAAAUGAAGUUUCCAUUGCG